CAUUGCCAUUGUGAGUUCUUUCCUCAUGUGGUUAAUAAUCCACACAGACUUAUCACAGUAUAUAAGGCUUGAGAUAUAGACAUAGGCCUAUAGUCACAGUCAAGACUAGACUUGGUCAAACUGUUAAUAUCUGCUACAGUAUGUAAUUGACUACUCAUAAUUCUUACUGCAUAUUAUGUAGAAGAGCAAAAGACAUCUAAAUGCAUCAUAUCUGUUGAUAAUAUCAUGUCUUCGGCAGUCGACGUCUACAAUGUGUCAUCUGAUCUGUCUCUUCAGGGCUUCGAUUUGUCUCCUGAGAAAGCCAUUAUUGCAUUUUUCUUUGCCAUUGUGAAUUAUAUAAUCAUACUGUUGUGCAACUCCUUUCUUCUGUUCACCAUCAUAACCAAUAAGGCUCUUCAUGAACCCAUGCACAUUCUUCUGUUAAAUUUGCCCAUUAAUGACCUCAUAGGCUCCACAUGUCUGUUCCCUCAUGUCAUGCGGGAGCUUCUGUUUGACACCAGGACUAUGUCGUUCUCCGUCUGCAUUACUCAGGCUUUCUUUAUACAUGUAUAUGCAGUAUCUACUGUCUUUAUAUUGACUGCAAUGGCAUAUGAUAGAUAUGUUGCCAUAUGCCAGCCGAUGAGAUACACUACAAUUAUGACCAAUAUCCACCUCGCCAAGAUCAUCUCUUUGGUUUGGCUCUCUAAUUUGACACUAAUGGCUGUGCUUUUUAUUCUUCUCCUCCGUCUGCCUCGCUGUAGGUCUUUCCUCAACCAUCCAUACUGCGACAAUCCCUCUCUGCUUCAGCUGGUUUGUGCAGAUACGACUAUUAAUAAUAUUUAUGGACUGUUAAUGACAGCUGUGUGUCAAGCGUUUACAGUGGGUUUAAUUAUAUACUCAUAUCUACAUAUACUUAUAGCAUGUUUUCGUAACAAACGUUCCGACACGAGGAGCAAAGCUCUGCAGACGUGCGGCACACAUCUGGUUGUUUUUGUCUUGUUUGAAUGUUUGGGUCUUUUCACAAUAAUCUCAUAUAGGAUCAAAGAUAUUUCUAUUCACCUGAGGAAAUUCAUUGCAGUUGCUGCUAUGAUAUUGCCCCCGACGGUAAACCCUGUUAUAUAUGGACUGAGGACUAAAGAAAUAAGAGUUAAAGGGAUCAAAUUUUUCCACAGAAAAGUUUUUGUGUCAUGAAGAAAAAAGAUUUCUAUGUGAGUGUGUGUGUGUGUGUGUA